AUGCAGAAGUCGCGCGCGCAACAAUACGCAGUCUCUGUCGUCCCCCGCAGCGGAUCAGCAUUCAGCAGACGCGCAAUCUGGGCAUUGCAUGACCACGAAGCUCUGAACCGCAUCAUCAACGACGUCGGCAGCCUGCUCACCGCACUGGAGCGAACCUCGCCCCCCGCAGAACUCCAGCGCAGCGCAGAAACCGAUAUCAAGAUCCUCGGCAGCCCGGACGCGCUGCGAACGCUGCUUGCGGCAGUCGAGCAAGGGGGUGCAAAGGCCGCGGACCGCAUUCUGCAGAAAGCAGCGAAACAGCAGGCUGGGCAUCAAUACAGCCGCACCACGAACAUGGCGAAGGCGAAGACGCUCAUGGGCGACCAUGUGUCCAAGCAUGCUGUUUCUGCCGGCUAUGUCAACACCGGACGUGCGCACAACUACAAGGACACUACCAACCACUCCGAGGCCGUCACCUUGAUGGGCAACAGCAUAGGCACCGAGAGGGGCUUUUUUGACUAA